AUGGUCAGCCAGUUCCAGGCCAUGAUGCAGUCCUACUGGAACAAGGCCCUCUGUUGUGGGGAAUGUAAAGAUUUGGAGUCAUGUAAACAAUGCACUGAGGCUUCUCCUUCCCAGAAUAUUACAAACUGCAUUUGGAAAUACUGUCAGGAGUCUCAUGAGAAGCCAGGUACGGGGAGCUGCGUGAAGAAUGGAGAAGCGUUGAAGGAGAAAUGUUCAUUUUUCAACACUACUGUCAGCUGUGAAGAACGAAAGCUAACUACCACAGAGCAUCCCCACCCAACCACAAAGGAGCCUCUACAUCCAUCUUCCAAGGAGCCGAAGAUUCCCAUGCUUGGCUCGACCACUGGCCCACCAGAAACUCUCCCACCCGAGUUUUAUCCACCGGGCUUUGACUCGGCCAGCUUCAUUGGAGGGAUCGUCUUGGUGCUCAGCAUCCAAGCUGUCGCCUUCUUUGUGGUGAAGUUCCUCCGGUCGAAGGACAACACCUAUCAGACGCUGAUCUAAAGGCUGAUCUCCAGGAAGCUGUCUUGACGUACAUCGUUUUGGCUGGAAGAUCACUUGGAGAAGGGGCUGGUUGGGCCGUGUUUGGAAACCAGGACAUUCUCUUUCCACCUGAUGGAACUUCUGAAGGAGAUAAUCCCAAAAUCUGCACCUCAGUACCCUGUUACCAAGCCCAUAGUGCUUGGCUUGGAUAUGAGUCUCCUCUAGACUUGAUGCAGAAGUGGUAAUGUAUACAUUAUAAACGCAUAUCCACAAGACCAAACUUCGGGCUGUAGGAAACUUCAUUUGUUUGGUUGUGGAUGUACGUAACUCAAAUUAAGAAUCUCUUCAACCAAUUGGACUUUUUUCUUUAUAGUCUCUCUCUCUUCAUUGUAAUUAUUCUUAUUCUAAGACCACAAAGGGCCUUUUAUCUCUUUCUCAGUACGGUGGAUCGUGCCCUGACUUUGCACCUUAUGAAUUUUACUUUAACCUUUGAAACCUUUAACCUUUUUUUUCUGAUCUUUUUUAUUUCUUUCCUGAUGUUGUAAGCAGCGCUACAACAGAACGAUACAUAUACUUCAGGCAUUCGCAGAGUAGGAUGCUAAUCCUUUAAAAAAUAAAAUAAAAUACCCGGCAGCCCUACGGAUUAGAACAUGA